AUGAUCAUUACAGCUCAUCAUAAUAAGAAGGAUUGGUAGCUUGGCUAUUCAGAGGAGGGAGGAAUAUUAUUCUCAAUCCUAUUAAUGAAACAAAGAUCAGACAACUAAAAUGCUAAUACUAAAUAUGAUGGAAUCAAUUCGCGCCAUUUUGUCUAGAGAAUCUCUGAGGAUGAGUAUCAGAGACAAGCCAAGAUAUACACAAAAUAACAGUUGAGUGAACUUUACGAGUCAGAGGAGUACAUGUAUGAGAUGGUCUUAAAGGGUAAUAAUGUCAAGGAAUGGAACUGGCAGAUGAAAGAGAGCAGAACCAAAGCAGAACUUGAGGCUGAGGAAGAAUACCUCAGGAAUGUUGAGUAGAUAUCACACUAAGAUGAGGUCGUACUAAACAAAAAACUUUCAUCAGCUAAAAAUAUAAAAGGCAAUCCAAUUCUUUCCACUAAAGAAUCAUCUGAAAAAAGCCAAGAAUUUGAGAAUAAUAAAUUUUUUCAAUAGAACAGAUACUAUUUGAGAAGUUCUAUAUAACAGAGAGAGUCAGAUCUGGACCAAUAGUAUUGA